AUGCAACGCAUAGCUAGCAGUAAACAUGUUAGCAUACUGGACAAGACACUCAGCAAAGGGAAGACGGAGGUAAACCUCUCAUCAUUUGCUUUGCUUUUUGCUGAGAUGGUGCGGUAUGCGAGCAACCAUUCAAAUACAGUUGGAGAGUUGCAAGAUAAGUUAGCUGAUUAUGGAAAAUUUGUGGGCUCCCGUCUUGUGGAUGUAAUAGUUUUAAGAGAGAAAGGAUACAGAAGAGAAAUCAAGUUAUUAAACAUGUUAAUGUUUGUCAAGAGCACUGUAUGGAAGAAUCUGUUCAAUAAAGAGGCAGAUAAGCUGGAAAGAAGUAACGAUGAUCCUUGUCAAUACUUACUCAUAGAAAAAGAACCACUUGUGAACACUUAUAUUUCUGUUCCAAGAGAUAAAAACAGCUUAAACUGUGCGUCAUUUACUGCCGGUAUAAUCGAAGCAGUGUUAAAGGCAAGUAAUUUUCCUUGCAAAGUCAACGCGUUCUGGCACAACGGGACGACGUAUAUGAUCCAGUUUGAUAAAUCUGUUAUUGCUCGAGAAAAUACUUUAAUUGACUCUUCGAGGUAG